AUGAACUCUUCUGAAUUCUUGGAUAUUCCACUCUCAGCCAGCGAUUCGCGAUUGUUAUCUCUUUCGCCAGUGUUGGCUUCGGAUUCUUCUUUGCCAGAGAUAAAUGAUCUCUCUCUCUCAGAGUUAUCGCUGAAUCAUUACGCUGGUCCAUCGAGUCUGCCAGCACAAGACGACUUUGAUUCUUCGACGUCAGAGCACGAUGACGAUUGCGAUGCUGACGACGCCGAGAAGACGAAACGGAAUGAAACGAAACUACGCGAGGAAAAAUUGCAAAGCGAUCUCUUCAUCCUGAAGAAGCUCAACGCCUCGUUUGCAAUGUUUCACGAAGCCCUUGACGCAGCAGGCUCCGCUAAUCAGCUAGUAGCAAUUCAAUUAGAGCAGACUGACGCAUUGCUGAACAGAUAUCUUUCGAUGCUGUCGAAGUCGGAAGAAUUUUCGCGAUUGAUUUUCGACGAAGAGUGGGAGGGCGCUCAAGCUGACGAAGAAAUAUUAGAAAGAGAGAUGGUUGAGGCAAAGCGUCGGGAAGCCGAAGAGCGUUCCCUUGCUGCCCAACGAGAGGCAGAGCGUCGAAAAACGGAGGAGCGAGAACGGUUGGAACGAGAAAAAGAGCUGGCAGAACGGGAAAGGAAAGAACAGGCAACAAUAAGACGCGGCGUAGUGAGGGGCGUGCGCGGAACACGGGCAUCUAUGCGUGGUACAAGAGGAACGGGCAUGCGCCAAGCGGAACCAACUUCAGUUCGAACGCUACAGUAUGGCGUUAAUCCCGCGAGCGCCAAUUCUUCCCGGAGGGGUACCCCACCUACCAUUGGGCGGGGGGUUCCUCCUAGACGGAUCUAA